AUACAGGAAUCUUUUUAUUUACAGGCCAGAGACAGCCCAGUGGAGUCACAGCUCCGAGGGAUCUCAUUGUGCCUGCUGCAAUGUACUUCAUGGCCGGGCAGGACCUCACAGGCAAAGAGAAGAGACAUAAUUUAGCAACUGCUUGAAGAAAGAUCCCUUCAAAACCUGCUGCUGUUCACCCUGGUUGCUCUAUACCUGUCUCAUAUGUACCUUACAACCAGUCUCACAAGCACUACAAGAAAUGGUUGAUUGUACCACUGAUAGUGGCUCUUGAUGGGAUUUCAUUGGGAAACCUGCUUUCUGCAAAGAGCAUUUGCAUCUAAAUGUCCUGGUUGCAUGUAUCAUGUGACAAGUCAAGCUGAAUGCCAGGGGAGACGCUCCAGAUGGACUCAGUCUGGCACUUGUGACUCUGGAGAAAAACAGCUGAGGUCAAAUCUUCAUGCUACUGAAUCUGAGGAGAUGAUAACAGAGUCCACUCCACUGCGUUGCAGGAAGCUCAGCAAUCCUGACAUCUUUUCAUCUGCUGGGAAAACCAAGCUGCACCGUCAGCUAAGUCAAGAUGACUGCAAGCUACGAAGAGGUAGCUUGGCAAGUUCUUUGUCAGGAAAACAGCUACUUCCCUUAUCCAAUAGUGUCCACAGUGGAGUGGGGCAGACGCUGUGGCAGCCUCCUGGAGACACCUCCAACCUGGUCCGCAUGAGAAAUCAGUCUCUGGGACAAUCUGCUCCUUCCCUUACUGCUGGUUUGAAAGAGCUCAGUCUCCCCAGAAGAGGAAGCUUAAUCUCCUCUCCUUUGUUCUCCCACUGCCGAGGAAAUGAUGUUCAUCAGCACAUGUUCUCUCCUACAUCUGCUCCAGGUCUGCAGCAUCUUAAAUUCCCACUUAGUGCUGACUGUGCACUUGUCACUUCUCCUCUAGUAUUUUACCUGAACUCACAAGCCCAGAGCAAUCCAUCUAGUCCAUGCUACAGCCAUCCUUUUCAGUGGAGCUGUCGGACAAGCAACAGGAAGAGUUUGAUUGUAACAUCCAGCACAUCUCCAACUCUUCCACGGCCACAUUCCCCUCUUCAUGGACACACAGGUAGCAGCCCCUUGGACAGUCCCAGGAACUUCUCUCCAAAUGCACCUGCUCAUUUUUCCUUUGUUCCUGCCCGAAGCCAUGGACACAGAGCAGACAGAACGGACGGACGCCGCUGGUCCUUGGCCUCCCUUCCUUCAUCUGGAUAUGGAACAAACACUCCCAGUUCAACAGUUUCAUCAUCAUGCUCAUCUCAGGAGAAGCUGCACCAGCUGCCCUUUCAGCCCACGGCAGAUGAACUUCAUUUCCUGACAAAGCAUUUCAGUACUGAGAGCAUCACUGAUGAGGAAGGGCGCCAUUCUCCAGCCUUGAGGCCUCGGUCUCGCAGUCUCAGCCCUGGUCGCUCUCCAGUUUCCUUUGACAGUGAAAUAAUAAUGAUGAAUCAUGUGUACAAAGAAAGGUUUCCAAAGGCCACGGCACAGAUGGAAGAACGGCUGGCUGAGUUUAUUGCCUCGAAUGCUCCUGAGAAUGUGCUGCAAUUAGCGGAUGGGGUCCUAAGUUUCAUUCAUCAUCAAGUUAUUGAACUGGCCAGGGAUUGCCUAGAUAAAUCACGUGAAGGUCUUAUUACUUCUCGGUACUUUUAUGAGCUGCAGGAAAACUUAGAGAAACUUCUCCAGGAUGCCCACGAGCGAUCCGAGAGCUCCGAGGUUGCCUUCGUUACCCAGCUGGUGAAGAAGCUGAUGAUCAUCAUCGCGCGGCCAGCGCGGCUGCUCGAGUGCCUGGAGUUUGAUCCUGAAGAGUUCUACCAUUUGUUGGAAGCGGCAGAAGGCCAUGCCAAGGAAGGGCAAGGAAUUAAAUGUGACAUUCCUCGUUACAUUAUCAGCCAGCUGGGACUCACCAGGGAUCCCCUGGAGGAAAUGGCCCAGUUGAAUAGCUAUGACAGCCCAGACACUCCCGAGACAGAUGAUUCAGUCGAGAGCCGUGGGGCCUCCGUCCAGUCAAAGAAAACUCCGUCUGAAGAAGAGUUUGAAACUAUUAAACUGAUCAGUAAUGGUGCUUAUGGAGCGGUGUAUUUGGUGCGGCACAAGACCACCCGCCAGCGUUUUGCCAUGAAGAAGAUCAACAAGCAGAACCUGAUCCUGAGGAACCAGAUCCAGCAGGCCUUUGUGGAGAGAGAUAUCCUGACAUUUGCUGAGAACCCCUUCGUGGUCAGCAUGUUCUGCUCCUUUGAGACCAAGCGGCACCUGUGCAUGGUUAUGGAGUAUGUGGAAGGAGGUGAUUGUGCUACACUUCUCAAGAACAUUGGUGCCCUACCCGUUGAUAUGGCAAGGAUGUAUUUUGCUGAGACUGUUCUGGCACUGGAGUACCUACACAAUUAUGGGAUUGUUCACCGUGACCUAAAACCUGAUAAUCUCCUGAUAACUUCAAUGGGUCACAUUAAACUAACAGACUUUGGACUGUCCAAAAUUGGGUUAAUGAGUCUUACAACUAAUCUUUAUGAGGGCCACAUUGAGAAGGAUACCAGGGAAUUCCUGGACAAGCAGGUGUGUGGGACUCCAGAGUACAUUGCACCAGAAGUGAUCCUGCGCCAGGGCUAUGGGAAGCCUGUGGAUUGGUGGGCCAUGGGCAUCAUCCUCUACGAGUUCCUGGUCGGCUGCGUUCCUUUCUUUGGGGACACACCUGAAGAGCUGUUUGGACAAGUGAUCAGUGAUGAAAUUGCCUGGCCAGAAGGAGAUGAUGCACUGCCCCCAGAUGCCCAGGACCUCAUUUCUAAGCUUCUUCGCCAAAAUCCUCUGGAAAGAAUGGGAACAGGUAGUGCCUUUGAAGUGAAGCAGCAUCGGUUCUUUAAAGAUCUGGACUGGAAUGGAUUACUCCGGCAGAAAGCUGAAUUCAUCCCACAGCUGGAAUCUGAGGAUGACACAAGCUAUUUUGACACCCGUUCAGAACGCUACCAGCACCUGGAUUCAGAAGAAGAGGAGGACACUAAUGAUGAUGAUCAUGUGGAAAUUCGGCAGUUUUCCUCGUGCUCGCCCAGGUUCAGCAAGGUGUACAGCAGCAUGGAGCGACUUUCCAUCCACGAGGAGAGGAAGACUCCCCCACCAACCAAGCGGAGCCUGAGCGAGGAGAAGGACGAUCGGCUGGACAGCCUGGGGGGCUUGAAGAGCCGCGACCGCAGCUGGGUCAUUGGGUCUCCUGAAAUCCUGCGCAAGCGCCUGUCCAUGUCCGAGUCCUCGCACACGGAGAGCGACUCCAGCCCGCCGCUGACGGUGCGGCGCCGCUGCUCGGGGCUCCUGGACAUGCCGCGCUUCGCCAUCUCCGCCGAGGACGAGGGGGCCGCCCUCAAACGGCCCCAGUCCGAGGGGAUGCUCCUGUCCACGGUGCAGGCGCGGGAGGGGCUGCCCCUGCCCAUCCCAGAACAGCCUGUGGAGCACGAGCUGCAGCUGGAAGGGGAUGCUGGAGCCACCACGCCCUCCACGGCCGCCGGCAGCGCCUCAGCGCUGACAGCUGGGAGCACUGCAGAUUUCUCUGAUCCACGAGCUCGCAGUAAUAGCAAUGAAGGCCCAGACUUUACCACUCCAAAAGCCAUCAGCGAUUUGGCAGUGCGGCGGGCACGACACAGGUUGCUCUCUGGGGAAUCAGGGGAGAAACGCACCUCGAGACCUGUCAAUAAAGUGAUUAAAUCAGCAUCCGCUACUGCCUUGUCUCUCCUGAUUCCCUCAGAUCACCACACGUGUUCUCCAUUGGCCAGUCCAAUGUCACCUCAUUCUCUCUCCUCCAACCCAUCUUCGAGGGACUCCUCACCCAGCCGCGACUUUUCUCCUGCUAUCGCAAACCUGAAACCACCAAUCAUCAUCCAUCGGGCUGGAAAGAAAUACGGUUUCACUCUGCGCGCCAUUCGCGUCUAUAUGGGUGACAGUGAUAUCUACACUGUGCAUCACAUGGUCUGGCACGUGGAGGAAGGGGGUCCGGCCAACGAAGCAGGUCUGCGGGAAGGGGACCUGAUCACCCACGUCAACGGGGAGCCGGUGCACGGGCUGGUGCACACCGAAGUGGUGGAGCUGAUUCUGAAGAGUGGAAAUAAAGUGUCCAUCUCCACCACACCAUUUGAGAACACAUCCAUCAAAGUUGGUCCAGCUCGAAAAGCCAGCUACAAAUCCAAGAUGGCUCGUAGGAACAAGAAGAGCAAAACAAAGGAUGGUCAGGAAAGUAAGAAGAAGAGUUCUCUGUUGAGGAAGAUCACUAAACAAGCAUCACUGCUUCACACCAGCCGGAGUUUAUCGUCCCUGAACCGGUCUCUGUCAUCUGGAGAGAGCGUGCCUGGCUCUCCAACUCACAACCUGUCUCCUCGGUCACCAACCCAGAGCUACAGAUCCACUCCAGAGUCUGUACACUCAGUUGGCGGCAAUUCUUCUCAGAGCAGCUCUCCCAGUUCCAGUGUUCCCAAUUCUCCAGCCAGCUCUGGACACAUCCGACCCAGUUCCCUGCAUGGCCUAGCACCAAAGCUCCAGAGGCAGUACAGAUCUCCGAGGCGUAAAUCUGCAGGAAACAUCCCUCUGUCCCCGCUGGCUCACACUCCAUCACCAACCCCGCAGUCCACGUCACCGCAGCGCUCCCCAUCUCCUUUGCCAGGACACUCAAUUGGCAGCUCCAGUAUUAUCCAGUCUUUCCCAGUAAAACUACACUCCUCUCCACCACUGGUGAGACAAAUUUCACGCCCCAAAAGUGCCGAGCCCCCUCGGUCUCCUUUGCUGAAGAGAGUGCAGUCGGCUGAGAAACUGGCUGCCUCUCUGUCCUCCUCUGAGAAGAAGCUGGGCUCCUCACGGAAGCACAGCUUGGAUAUCUCCCACUCUGAGUUCAAGAAGGAGAUGUUACAGCGGGAUCCCAGCCUCCAGAGCCUCCAGGAAUCUGCCAACGAAACGACAGGCAGCAAACUCGGGCUGGCGGAAAAAGGGAUGCUGCAGAAGCCGGGCUCACGGAAGCUGGGCGCCAUUCGGCAGGACAGGGUGGAGAGGAGGGAGUCCCUGCAAAAGCAGGAGGCCAUCAGGGAAGUAGAUUCUUCUGAAGAUGAAACAGAUGAUGGUUCGGAAGAUAGUCAGGAUGGAAGAAGGCUGGACAAGCCCCGUGGCAGUGGAGACCAAGGCUCAGAUUCUUUUAAUGAGGAUAAUAAGUUUUCAUCUAAAUUGGAAAGCAAGGAUAGUAUUGAAGAUGAUGCCUUUCUACCUGAAGAUCCAAAAGGUACAGAAGAUUUGCAGAAGGGAAAUACUCAACAAGCAAAGCCUGUUUCAGAGCCACUGCAAAUUAGUGUGCACCCCUCCCCACCAGAGCUCCCCUCAAGAACUUCUCCAGAAAAACUAGCUAAUUCAGAAAAGCCAUUCCUAAAAUCAGAAACAACUGCAAAGGAGCAUAAAUUGCCAGAAAACAAAACUUUGGAGUGUUUUGGUCCAAAAGACAGGUCUUCUGAAGCAAUCAAAGAUCUUGGGAGAACUCCAGGUACUCAAAAACCAGUAGAUCUCACAGAACAUAUGCAGUGCCCAUCUAUCAAACUCCUGGAACUUGAAGAAGGUGAUUCUUCUGGGGCCUCCUGUGGUAAACUUGACUUGAAAGAGCCUGUGCUAACAGAAAGCAGUCAGAAAAAACAGGAUUCCCAACCUCUGCUGGCACUUUCCUCAUGGUGCCCAGCAAACACGAGCACUCCUGUCGCGGUGAGCCCCCCAGACCGCGGCGAGAAGGGUCACGAGGAGACGCCUCAGCCUGUGGAACAGCACAGCUCCUCAUUUCUGUCUCCUGGGAGCGCCAGUGAAACGUCCCAAAGAAGUCCAAGCCCUGACAAGCAGCAGCCCAGCUCAUCCCAGGCAGAGGGUGCUUUAACCUCCAGCAAAACCAGCCCAGCAGGACCCGUGUCCUCCCCGCUCCUCAUCCCCGGUGCCAUCGAGCGCGCGCUCUCCGUGUCCCAGCUGGUGCCCCUGGCCCAGAGCGUGUUGGGCCCUUUGAAGCUCAGUAUGUCUGGGUCUGGAGACGUGGAAACGAGGAAGGAUUUGGGUGCUUCCUCUAAAGAGGAGAGAGAUUUGAAACAAAAAAGGCAGGAAAUUUCACAAGUAGGAGAAUGUCAAGAGAAAGCCAAACCCUCUAGCACAGAUGGUCUGACCACGAGGAGUGGGUCCUGUGCAGAGUCCUUACACCCAGCAAAGCCCUGGGAGGCAGUGUGUCCCGUGGGGACCAAAAAGGAGGCAACAUGUCCUGUGGUGGUCAAAAAGGAGGCACUUUUUUGCAGUGCUAAAGCAUCUGAGGCAUUGGCAGGGAGCUGCAAAAUCACUCAGUCAAAAGAGCUGUCUCAUGCUCUUGGACAAGCAGCUCUGAGAGCGUCUCCUCUGCCAGAUGGCAGCACGAGGCCCUGUAAAGAAGGGACUCUGGCACAAGCAAAAAGCAAAGAGGUUGGAAAUCAGUUAAAAAUACAAGACUUUCCCCUGUCACAUGAUGAUGCUGUAAAGAAAACAUAGCAGCAUCGCUGGUACUCAUGGACUGGAGUGUUCUACAUUCAAAAUAGAGACUGCAUGUUUGAAUUUUGUAAUAUACACUAAUAUAAAAUAGAACUUGUGUACAUCUAUUUUUGGGAGGGUUUUUUUCAUACUGUUUUUUGUGUUUUUUCAUCCUUGCUAUUCUAUUUUUGUACACAGUAGUGCUUGCUGUUUGAGGUCUCUUUAGAACAGGGUAUCUUUAAAGCAGGGCUUAAGAAACAGUUUGGUUUCAUUCUUUUUCCCUUCCAUGCCUUUUAUUUUGCCUGAGUUUAGGGCCUGAUGUGCUCUUCCCUCUAAUUCUGCAUUUAUUUGAGAUCCCAAAAGUUCUGUGUGCAAAAAAGGCAGCUUGUUUUUAAAUUUCUGCUUUUCAGCAUUUUCUUUGAAAUUCCAUUGAAAUUCACAAAUGUCAAGUUUUUGCACCAGUUUUACAAUCUGAUGUCCCUUGACAAGAAUAAGAACCAACCUUCUUGUCUGCAAGUUAUUCUGAAACUACAGACCCUCUUUGGUGCAAGUAAAACCUCUUUGUCACCGUGUGUCUUCACAGUCCUGUGUCCUUAGAGGAUGUGGAGACAAAGGACUUGGCUGGAGAGACUGGACAGAGAGAGAUCCCUGUCUUCUCUUUAGAACAAGUCAGAGUAUUUUUCAAUGGAAUUAUCAGAAAGAGAAAUCUCCAAUCCAUAAGCUGGCUUUUUUGGGGAUUGUUUUUACUUAUCUGUAUGGGACACAUGGCAACUUUUCCCUCUGUUUUUAAAAUUUUAGUGAUGUUUUAUCUUCCUUUCUCUGGCUUCAAUUCAUAACUUGCCCUGCCUCAGAGUAAGUGGCCCCAGGAAAGGGGUGCCUGUAGGUUGGUUUUAAAGUAGAAAAAUUUGUAGUUGCAUAUUCUCCAGUGUGUCUGGCAAAGUUAUCUCAAUGAAAAACGACCUUUGGAGACUUUUCCUUCUCUUGGUGAGUCUAAAUAGGUAGGGAUUUUAAAGUGUCCCUUAACAUUUCUGAAUUGGGGCUUGGGAAACUUGCUGAGUUUUCUGAAUCUGCCCGUUUUAAAAACAAACCUAUGAAGAGUUCAGACUCCUCGAGUUCUGUGGUCAAGCUGCAAGCAGACUUCAAAACACAUGUGAUAUUUUCAGAUUUCAGCUUUAAUAGCUAGAUCAUUUCCACUGCUGAGGUCACUUUGCAUUAAAAGCUUACUGUUUGCUCCUAGGUUUAGACAUCGCUUUGCUCUAAGUGUGACCGACUCUGGGUGACAGUGCUCCUUGCUGAGGAUUAGACCAAUAAUAAUAAAUGUGUUGAGUGGUGAUACCUGUAGCACUGUAAGCCAUUUCUUCAUCCAGUUAAAGAUUCCUCUCAAUGAACACUCCCAUCGUUGUCCCAGAUUGUGCUCAGCUUGUAUCCUUGUCUUGUCUGAGUGGAUCUCCCUGCGGAUCACCCGUGAGGGAUAGUUCCCUGCUCACUGGCUUACUCUGUUAGAAGCAGAAUGACUGUGCAACAGUAUUCCAGGCUAAAACCCAUCUCUGUUGGUCUGAUUUCCUUACACUGCUGCUUCCUUCACUGUCUUGGCUUUCUCUGAACUUGAAGUUUUGAUUCGCUUCCCCUGAAUGCAAAUAUGUUUAUUACAUAGGAAUAUAUUUUCUCCAUCUCUUUCAAUCUGAUUUCGGUACAACCCACAACUCGAAAAAAAUCUCUGGAAUCUCACCCUGUUUCUUUCUGUGUAGCAGUUGAUUCUCCCGAUUAUAUACUUGAUUUUGGCUGCUUGGAUUUCAUUUCUGGACCAAGUUUUGGUUUGGUUUGAGCUUUUUUUUUUUAACAUGUUUAAAUGAGUGUUUACUCCGUGUGUCAGUGUGAACAUGUAUGGUGUUGCUACUACACUAACCAAAGCCUCAGUGCUCCCAGGUAACACCUUAACAGACCUGGUUGUGGUGGUAUUGAGAGCAGAGCCUGCUGUGCUGCCUCUCUGCUCUUUUCCCUGGAAUUCAUAGGCUGCUCGUGUACACUUGGUUUGCAAUUACAAACCACAGUAUUUCCACAGCCUUGUCAGGGUCCUGGGUGUCUCCAGCCUCUCCAAGUGCUCUUGGUGGUAAGCAUCAUUCAGUGCUGAUUUAGAGCAGUAGCAAGUAAGGAACAGACUUGGCAGGAUCUGGUACUUGCCUGGCUGGUUUUCUCCCUAAUGGGUUGAUCUGUUAAAAAACUGUUGAGAAACAGUGCAGGAUAUUAUGGCAUGGACAGGAAUAGUGAAAAGUGGAUUUGGCAUCCUGAGUCUGUGGUAAUUACAAAGACAAGCCUCCUUGACAAGCUGCUCUCCUGAGAGCACCUGACCUUGGCGAGAUGGAAGUGUCUGUGUAAAUUAAGGAGUUGUGUGAGGACGUGGUCUGACCUGGCUGUUCCCUGGGUGGCAGGUCCCCCUUUUCCUUCUGCGUUUAAAAAACCAGAGGAGAAGACCGAGCACUGCUCGUAGGAGGAGAGCACGGGGUGUGAGCCAGGCUGGGUAACCUGGUUCAUCCCCCACGGGCGCGGGUGGGACCCUGGGACGGUACCAGCUCUAAGCUGCUGACUCCCUGCCUUUGCAGCCACUGCUUCCCAUGCUGAAGUGCAGAAUUAUCCUUUCCUAGGCAUAAAAGGAGGAGUGAAAACCAUUGCUAUGUCACAGCUUUUGCUGCUUUUGCCUGUGUUGGCCAAAGAAAAGGUGAGGUAUGUGUUUCGUUGCCUCUUUUGUAGCUAUGGCACAGAGAGUGGUCAGUGCAAUUAAAAAUCCCUGGGUUUUGGAAGCCAAAGCCAAACAGCAUUGCCAGGAAAGCAUUCUAGUGAAGCCCUGUAUCCCCUGCUCUUGGUCAGUCCUGCAGUUUCCCUCAGUGUGCCAGGUGCCCCAUCAUCCCUGCUCUACCUGCUGUCAAAUUUACGUGGCGCACUUUAGCAAAAGGUUUGGGCAAAAAGACUUUAUUAAAUUUUGAUAAUAAGCCAGGUAGAUACACCAAGACUUAUUCCUUGCUCUGCUAUAAAUUCCUUAAAUACCUUCUCAAAAAAAAUCUUACAAAAUGUGUUGGGAAGGAAGGGGAAGCUGGAAGGGCUGUGUCUGAGGGGCAUGAGUGUGUCCCAGUGCCGCCUCGGACCCGCGGUGCCCGGGCGGCCCCAGCCCGCACAGCCCUUGGUCUCCGUGGGUAAUCCCGAGUCAGGCAGGCCCAGGGUGGGUCACGAGCGUGAGGUGUGUGUUUGCUGAAUGAGCCGUGCAUGUCACCAUCCAGAUAUGCUGCUUUCCUGCUUUGUUUCCCUCUUCCCUUCUGUCAGCUUGGAUGUGUCUCCUGCUUCUCACCGUGUUGGGAUGGCAGCACUCAGCUGGUUCAGCCUCUGCAGCUCCUCUCUGCUCCUGCAUCCAGCUGCUGCAUCCCUGCCCCGUGCCUCAGUGUUAUUUUCCCCUUUGUCUCUUACUGUUGCAAACUAAGAGAAAUGGAUGAUAUUUAUUGUAAAUAUUAGACUUUAGCGUUGUACUGGCCACUCCUGGGUCUGAAUGUUGGAGGCCUUUGGCUGCUGCUGUACUAAAGAGCGCUUGUGGGGGAAGGGUAGGAGUGACCUGUGGGUUUGUUUGCCACACUUGCAUUAAGGUGUGAUUUGGAGUAUUUUUUUGUUUUGUUUUGUUUUUCUUCCGAAGAGGGGAGGAUAAAGUCUUUCUCUGGUUUUCUCUUACUGGAUGUGAAGGAUAAUUCUGUACUUCUAGUAGAAGAUUUGACAGAAGUGUGUGUUUACGUUGUGUUCGAUUACCAUAUCCAGGUGGCUGUGAGAGCACCUCCUGCGCUGGGCUCUGCCAAGCCGUGUCACUCAGCACUUAGCUAGAUAAGAGAAAGUGUGGAAUUUCUGUGUUUUUAGAAACUUGAACAAUUGCCACAUAAUAGCGGUGCAAUAAUUUUUAUUCAUGUUGUACCUGCAUGUCGAUGUUCAAAUCCUCCUCCAAAAUAAAUAAUUUUUUUUUUUUUUUACAUAAA